AUGGAUAGGAACAGAGAAGCAAGAAGAAGUGGGGGUAUGGUAGCAGCGGCAGCUACAUCUAAUGGAUUAUCAUCAAGACGCAGACAUAGAACUAAUAGUCUUAGAGAUUCCCCUGAUGAAGAUGGGGGUGUAGAGAUACAAGAAUCUGUAAGGUUAAGGGAAAGAGUGAAGAAAGAUCGAGAUCGUGAACGGGAAAGAGAAAGAGAACGAGAACGAGAGAGAGAAAGGGAUAAUAGGGAUAGAGAUAGAGAUAGGAUAAGUCGGAGUAAAAGGAGGAGAGGUGAAAGGUUAAUUGGUGGUGUUGAUGAUAGUUCAGAAGAAAGUGUAAACGAUGAUGAAGAAGAAGAUGAUGAAGAUACUACUACUACAACUACUGCUACUGCUAACAACGUUGGUGUUUCAGGUAGUAGUAGUACAAGGUUGUUGCCGCCGAAUCCUCCGGUACCGGUGACGGUGGGGUCCAUUUCAAAUCACCACCAUCAUCAUAAUAACCAUAAUCAUAAUAAUCAUCAUUUACAGCCUCCGAGGAAGAGUUUUCCACCAAAUACUACAAGGGUUUUUAGGACAGCAACACCAGCAGCAGCAGCAGCUCCUGUUUGGAAACCUGGUGAUGAAAUGAUUGGUGUUUCUGUCCCAAGAAAAGCCCGUUCUGCAUCUACUAAGAGGUCACAUGAUUGGAUUUCUGGGGUCAGCGGUGGUGGUUGUGUUGGUGGUAAUAGUGGUGUUAUUACAGGAGAGCAAAUACAUCAGCAAGUUUCGACAGCAUCGCCGGUGAGACAGAAUAUUCCGGCAACAUCAACACAAUCACCGGCAGCUCCUUUAUCUCCAUCUUCUUCCAAUGUUUCAGUCAGAAAGAAAAUUAAGCCUAAUGGACAAAAAAGGCCGCCGGCAAAGUCACCACCAAAAGCUGCUUCAUCCAACAACCCUGAAGAGCUAGAGAUUGAGAUUGCUGAAGUGUUAUACGGGUUGAUGACCCAGUCACAAGGACCUUCCAAGAAAGAAAGUGGUGGAGGAGGACGAAAUGAUACAACAAGAGAAGUCAAUAACAGAUCCAGAGUUUCUUCUCCUGUUUCAAAUUCUAACUCAUCAGCUACUCCUUUAUCUGCUGUUGCUCCAAAGAGGAAAAGACCGAGGCAAGUCUUGGAAAAUCCUGGAGGAUUUGGUGCAAGGAGCAGCCCCAUUUCAUCUUCUACAGCUACUAAUAAAGUGGAGAUGGAUCAGACAACAACAAUGAAGAUGGAGGUUUCUUCUCCUAAUUUGGAGAAGACCCCACAAUCUGCUGCUGAAAAUGGUGUAUCUUUAUAUGAUUUAAGUGCUUCUGUACAAAGUUUGCCGGUUGCAUCGGAUCCGGUACCGGAGACGAUGAAGGUGGAAUCUGAGGCCAAGAGGAGGCCUGAGGAAUCUGAAUUUAUGGAGAGUAAGGAGGAGGUGAGGGAGUCUUCUACUUUGGGAGCAGAAAAUAGUAAUCGUGAGGAUGCUGUUGCAGUUACCCAAGUGAUUGUUUCAGAAGUUGAAAGUCAGAGAGAGGAGAAAUUCCAGAUAGAUCUUAUGGCCCCUCCACCGCAGUUAAGAUCAUCACCUGAAAGGGAAGCUGAGAUAGAUUUUGGAUCAGCAGCUGUGGAUAAGAAGCCUAUUUUAGCAGAAAAUAUAGUAGAAAUGAAGCCUUCAGUGAAGGAGAAGGAUAAUGAAAGGAUUGGCAAGGCUGAGAAAGAAGAAGUGAUCAGUGUUGAAGCUGACGAAAAGAAGACAAAAGCAGCAGCCCUUGAGGAACUUAAUCCUCAUAAGGCAAGUGAGGGUAGCAGGGGUAGGAAUAUUGAUCUUCAGCUAGAUUUGGAAAGGCCAGAAAAGGAUAGUGGUGUAAGUAGCAAAUUCCAACAGCAGAGUCAAAAGUUGCUGCAGCAGCAGCCUCCACCACAAAAAGCUACUAAAGAAGAACCAAUUAUAGAAAAAACAGGUCAAUCAAGCUCUUUACCAAUGCCAAUGUCUAUGGCUAGCUGGCCUG